GAAUCCAUCAAUAAAUAAAAGAAAUUUCUUUCGCCUAAUUUUAUAAUUUUUACCUGUAUUUAUUUUUAUUCCUGAUUAGUGCACACAUAUUCCAUGUGUAUUUUUUUGUCGAAAAUUCUGCUAUAACUUUACUACGAGGACAUAUUUCCCGUACUAAAUCAUUCCCAUAUCAAAACAUUCUCAUGUACACAUUCGUAAUUAUCCUUCAACCAUUAUGUGUGUAUGGGCUGUCGUGCCAUUGAGGAAGGAUUAUGUGUGAUGAAUCUUAUAUAGAUAAUUGUUAUUUAAAGAAACGUUAUUUAUCGCAUACUGAACAAGAACCUUUUUUAUGUAGUGUGUGUGAUAAAACAUUCUCUUAUAAAAGUAAUUUAAACAGACACUCUCUUGUUCAUAGUGGAGAAAAACCUUAUUCAUGCAGUGUGUGUGAUAAAGCCUUCUACACGAAAAAUAGAUUAAAAGAACAUUGUAUUGUUCAUACAGGGGAGAAGCCAUAUUCAUGCAGUGUAUGUGAUAAAACAUACCCUACAAAAUAUAAAUUAAACCAACAUUGUAUUGUUCAUACUGGAAAGAAGCCAUAUUCAUGCAGUCAUGUGAUAAAGCAUUCUCACAAAAACGUAAUUUAAAACAACAUUCUCUUGUACAUAGUAAAAAAAAAUCUUAUUCAUGCAGUGUACGUAGUAAAGCAUUUAAGCAUAAACGAAGUUUAUAUGACCACUUUCUUGUUCACUGUGAAUAAAAAUUUCUUCAUGCAUUGUAUGUGAUGAAAUAUUCUCUCUGAAAUUAUAUUUAAUUCAACUCUUUCUUGUUCACAGUUAAGAAAAACCUUAUCCGUGUGGUGUGUGUGUUAAAACAUUAUCACUGAAAUUAUAUUUUAGUAGUAAUCAUAUUUUGUUUAUCUAUUGUGAUAAAUUAAAAAAACUUAUUCAUGCAGUGUAUGUGAUAAAAUAUUUUCACAUAAAUCUUAUUUAAAUUCGCACUCGCUUGUUCAAAGUGAAAGAAAACAUUAUUCAUGCAGUGUGUGUGCUAAAAUUUUCUCUUUAAAAAAUAUUUUAAAAGGGCAUUUUGUUGUUCAUAUUGGAGUAAACCCAUAUUCGAGCAAUAUGUGUGAUAAAGCAUUUAAACAGAAGCAUAAUGUAAUUGAACACUCUCUUCUUCAUUGUGAAGAAAAACCUUAUUCAUGUUGUAUAUGUGAAAAAACAUUCAAACAGAAACAAGAAUUAACUGAACACUUUCUUGUUCAUAGUAGGGGAAAACGUUUUUCAUGCAGUUUAUGCAAUAAAACAUUCUCACGAAAAUCUGUUUUGAAUAUACACUCUCUUAUCCAUAGUGAAGCUAAACCUUAUUCAUGCAAUGUAUGUGAUAAAACAUUUAGACACAAACAAAGUUUAAAGAAUCAUUCCCUUGUUCAUAAUAAGGAAACACCUUAUUUAUGUAGCAUAUGUGGUAAGAUAUUCUCACAUAAAUUUUCUUUGAACAGACACUCUCUUGUGCAUAGUGAAGAAAAACCUUAUCCGUGCAGUGUAUGUGAUAAAUCAUUCUCGCGGGAAUCUGAUUUAGUUCAACACUUUUUUGUCCACAGUGAAGACAAACCUUAUUCGUGCAAUGUAUGUGACAAGACAUUCUCACGGAAAGCAUAUUUAAAUACACACUCUCUUGUCCAUAAUGAAGAAAAGCCUUACUCAUGCAGUAUGUGUAAUAGAACAUUCUCCAUGAAGUAUACUCUAAAAGCACAUUAUGUUGUUCAUACUGGUGAGAAGCCAUAUUCAUGCAGUCUCUGUGAUAAAACAUUCUCACGAAAACGUGGUUUAACUGAACAUUCUCUUGUUCAUAGUGAAGAAAAACCUUAUUUGUGUGGUAUGUGUGAUAAAAGAUUCUCACGGAAAUCUGACUUAAAUAGACAUAACCUUGUUCACAGUGGUGAGAAAUCUAAUUCAUGUACUGUGUGUGAAAAAACAUUUGCCAGAAAAUCUGAUUUAAAUAGACAUUACCUUGUCCAUACCGGAGAGAAACCUUAUUCAUGCAGUAUGUGUGAUAAAGCAUUUUCACAGAAAACUUUACUAAAUGAACACUCCCGUGUUCAUACUUGAGAACAGAUUACUGUUCAUCAUAAAAUGUACAAAAUCAUCUGCCUUCAGAUUUCAUUUAAUAUAAAAACUAUUAUGUUCAUAC